AUGUCAUGUUCCCCCGCAAACACCAUCGGUCAAGGACGCUCAAUUACCACAUCUAGGCAUAGGCGACGUAUGAUCGCGCCGUUGCAAUCCGGGAACCAGAAGGCCUCACAUGCCCCUCGGCCGAUACUCUUAGCCCAAACCUCUCAAAACAGCACCCAUCCCAUCACGAACACAUGCUCAGCCAGCGGUUCACGUCAACUCCAAGCCGAGGACCGCAGGGAUCUUACCCCAGAUUCUGGCCUUCGUCCCCCUGAAUACCCCCGCUGA